CUAUCAAGUUCAAGUCUUCUCUUUCGCAUUCCAACUUGUUUCUUUUUUUUUGCAAAUUCGCUUUCAUCAAGUUGAACAACUUUUGGUCUUUUAACAUUCUUUACGACAGUUAAUUUUUUGAAUCUCACUUUUUCUCUCUCUUUUCUCUUUUUUUUUCUUUUUUUGCCCAAGAAUUAUUUUAUACCUAUCUUUAUCUAUUGACUUUUAUAUUCCGUAACAUAUCAACAUGAAAUUCUUUUCUCUUGUCGCUCUUCUUUUUGCCCUUGCCUCUGCCGCUCCUAUUCCUGCUACCAGCAAAGACUCUGGCGUUUCACCUUUGGAUCAAUUGCCCAGCAAAACCUAUGAAGACUUUCUCCGUGUCUACAAGAACUGGCAGACUUUUCAAAACCCCGACAGACCAGAUUUGAAGAAGCGUGAUGUCCCUGAGCUUCCUUCCAAGACCUAUGAAGACUUCCUUCGUGUUUACAAGAACUGGUGGAGUUUCCAAAACCCCGACAGACCAGACUUGAAGAAACGUGAUGUUGAGGAAUUACCCGCCAAGACUUAUGAAGACUUUCUCCGUGUCUAUCAAAACUGGGAAACUUUCCAAAACCCUGACAGACCAGAUUUGAAGAAGCGUGAUGUCCCUGAGCUUCCUUCCAAGACCUAUGAAGACUUCCUUCGUGUUUACAAGAACUGGUGGAGCUUCCAAAACCCCGACAGACCAGACUUGAAGAAACGUGAUGUUGAAGAAUUACCCGCCAAGACUUAUGAAGACUUUGAACAGAAAGACAAGGAAGAUUAUUAUCAUUUCUUGGAAUUUUAUGUCAUGAACGUUCCCUUCAACUCUACCGUCGCACAGACCAACAUUAGCUCUCACUUCGAUUAA